UCUCAAAGUUCCCAGGUGUUCCUUGCCGGCAGGUGCCCAAGCUUCGUGAUCAGCACCAUGGACAGCGCCCGCGAAGCGACUCAGGGCCGCUUGGACGCCGCGGGCUUCUGGCAGGUCUGGCAGCGCUUUGACGCGGAUGAAAAAGGUUACAUAGAAGAGAAGGAGCUCGAUGCUUUCUUUCAUCAUGUAUUGACGACACUGGGUACUGAGGAGGCAGGCAUGGAAGAAAAUGUGCAGAGAAUGAAACAGCAAUUUAUGGCUCCCCAGGAUGUCUCUAGAGAUGGCCGCGUGCAGAUGAAAGAGCUUGCCAACAUGUUCUUGUCUGAGGAUGAAAACUUCCUUCUGUUCUUCCGUCAGGAAACCCCCUUGGACAGCAGUGUGGAGUUUAUGCAGAUUUGGCGCAAAUACGAUGCAGACAGCAGUGGCUUUGUAUCAGCUGCUGAGCUGCGGAACUUCCUCCGAGACCUCUUCCUCCACCACGAAAAGGCCAUUUCUGAGGCUAAGCUGGAAGAAUAUACUGGCACCAUGAUGAAGAUCUUUGACAAAAAUAAGGAUGGCCGUUUGGAUCUUAAUGACUUGGCAAGGAUUUUGGCUCUUCAGGAAAACUUCCUUCUCCAAUUUAAAAUGGAUGCUUGUUCCACUGAAGAAAGAAAGAGGGACUUUGAGAAAAUCUUUGCCCACUAUGAUGUUAGUAGAACAGGAGCUCUGGAAGGCCCGGAAGUGGACGGGUUUGUCAAGGACAUGAUGGAGCUUGUCCAGCCCAGCAUCAGCGGAGUGGACCUUGAUAAGUUCCGGGAGAUUCUUUUGCGCCACUGUGAUGUGAACAAGGAUGGAAAAAUUCAGAAGUCCGAGCUGGCUUUGUGUCUUGGGCUGAAAAUCAAUCCCUAA